AAAUCUAAAAAAGAGGGGAAAAGGAAACGCACGAGCAGAGCUCGUCGUCUUGGGCGUGGCGGUGCUCUGCUCCAUCGAUCCCCACCCCACCCAAAUCGGAGCCACGCUCGCCUGUGGGAUCCUCCUCCACCACCGCCCUAAUUCCUCCCUCCAAGCCUCCUCUCCAUCCCGGACCUCCGCCACUGCGGAGUGGCUGGCCGGGGACUCUUGGCGCCGGAGACGGGAGCGGGGCAUCGCCGGCGACCGGAGAGGAGAGUCGAGGGGAGGCUCGCGCUUCGGAAACGGUCGUCUUCGCCGUCGUCCCGGAGCCGUGGGCGCACGCGCGGCGGAGCUAGGGGAGGCCCCGGCCAGGGGCCACUGCGAGUUCGGUUCCCCACGGUGUAAUUGCCAUGGAUGAGCAGUUCAUCCUCCGUGUGCCCCCUUCUGUGGCAGAGCAGAUCGAGCGUCUUAUGAACGAAUCUGCUGCCGGCUCAUCCUCCAACCCCGAGGAUGCCUCCCUCGACCUCUCCUUCUCAGAUGAUGGAAGAAGUGGCACAUUUAUGAUUGGUAACCAGAGCUUUCCUGCAUCUCUCUUGGAUCUCCCAACUGUUGUGGAGUCAUAUAAGACAUAUGAUGAUUCAUUCUUAGUUAAAGCUGCUGAUAUUGGUCAGAUGGUAAUGGUAAGAGAAGAUGUUGAUCCUGCUCCAGAAGAAGUUGAAUACAAGCAUGGACUUACUCCUCCAAUGAGGGAUGCACGUAGGCGACGUUAUCGCAGAGAGCCUGACUUGAAUGCAGAGCUUGUUCACCGAGUUGAGAAGGAUCUUAUAAGUAUUAUGCAUGGAGUGUCUGUCAGUAUCCUUUUGAAGGUGGUGAAGGUGGGGGUGGUGAAGGUGGUGACCGCAAGAAAGCUGCACCAGCUCCUGCACCCAAGCCAGACGCUCAAGAGCCUGCUGCAAAUGGCGAAGAAGCUGAGCCUGAGAGGAGUGACUCUGACGAUUCGGAGAACUGAAGUGGACCAGAAUAGAUACUGCAGCUGCCGUUGGCCGCGCAGUCUGGUGAAUUAAGCGAUUCAGAUCAGAGAAAGUGUAUUUUUACCAAGCAAGGGCGCUUGUUGUCUUUUUAGGACCUAUUGGUUAUCAUCUGAAUAAUAUAGGAGUGUGCGACUUUGCACCAUGGUGGAAGAGGUCAUAAGGGUGAUUGUAACUGCUGCUAUUUCCUGAAUUUUGCACUCCAGUUCGGUUACUUCCAACGACGAAUUUGAUGAGAUAUCACCAUAAUUUUAGUCUA